CGACGUCCUCCCGCGCGCACGCCUCUAUAACGUCUGGCAGCUGAUUCAAAUAAAAGGAAAAUAAAUUUAAUUUUCACGAACGCACAGUUCGCUUUUCAAACAUAAGAAGCGAUGAAUUUUUGACGUUCAUUUUUUUCCAUUUAGAGCAAUAACUUUUGACAAAGACAAUAAUUUAUUCUGUCAGCAAUUGAUGACAAUAACUUUGGACUGAUAAGUCAGACUGAUAAUUUUUUCAUUGGAUCGUAAGUGACUGUGAGGCAACUGGUGGGCGCUAAGGCAUACAACAGGAUGUGGUCGUUCUGGCGCGCGUGGAGCUUGACGAUGUAUGCGUGCGCUGUGCUUGCUCAGCGCAUCGACCAGGAACCGCUGCUGUCGCCGCGGCCAGCACGGGUCCGCGACCGCGAGCUCGCCAAGCCCGAUGAGCCAACUUGCGAUCAGCUCAAGGCUAUGUGGAGGUUCUCGAAGCGGCAAGCUCGGGCGCCUGAGAUCAUGAACGAAGUGAGCUCAUACCGCGACCCGCUUAUGUACAACGAGUGGCCGGUGUACACUGCCCUGCCGAGGGCUGCCCCCAGGUUCCGGUACCACUACCCUCAAGUUCCACGGGAGGCGUAUGGCAGGGUUGUCACCAAGGCCCCUCCGAACGUCGUGCGCACCCCUGAUUACGAUGAGAUGUUCGGCAUGCUGAAUGUUCCCCACACAUCUGGCAAGAUCCUUCGGUACUCCGGACCCUCGCGGCCACGACCCACCUUCAUGGUGCCUCCUCAGCGUGACAGAUUCGAAGCCCUGAAGAAAUUGAUCCGCCAAGAACACGUCCGUGAGCUGCAGAGGAAGUACGAGACAGAACAGAAACAGGAACUCAAGGAGCUCGCUUCAGGACGAAGUGACGACUAUGUGUAUGGAAGCUAUGGCGAACAAGAACCUCGUGGUCUGCAGACGUUGCAGGUGGAAUACCCGGCUGAUGAGCCCAGCGCCAGGCACAGCAAGAAACCUCCAUCUGGAAGCCGCCAAGUAUCCCAAUUCUCUCGCUACUCUGAUGUCAUGUUGCCGCCGGCCCGUCGCGCCUUUUACCAUCCUCUCUUCGACUACCCAGCUCCAGAGAUCGUUCCCUACGUAUACUGAACCCUCCACACCUCCAUUCCGAGAGGAAGAACAUUCUAGCAUCUUCUAGAACCACAUAGAUUCAACGGAGGAAUUCUCGUUUGUACAAAAUAACUUCGCGGGCUUUAACUCCAAAUAUCAAUAUGAAUUGCCAUAUCAGAAGCAUAUCUUUUUAUACGCUUUCGCUUGGACAAAUAUUCUCUUAUAUAAUGCGAGCUUCCUUUCCUUAUACCUUCUUGCAAUAUUUUUAUACUUAUAAAAGAAAGCGAGAGUUUUCGAUGUAGAUAUGCUCUGAAUUUUUAAUAUACCCACUUUGAAUAGGUAAUCGCAUUGUAUUUUUCGAUAGGUUUAAGAUUUGAAAGGAGAGUAUCCUGGAAUUUAAUAUUCUAGUCCAUAAUAAGGCUCUAGGCCUAGGACUUAUAUUGGAAAUUAAUACGAUACUUCCAAAUAAGACAAUAAUAGUGCAUGUAUUCGUAUACAAAAUUGAGCAAUUAUAAAAUAUCCCGUCAAUUUCAAUUGUAUUAGAAUUUGACGAUAAAAAAAACAGACAAUAAAAAUGUAAUGCAACCGUAUGACAAUAAGGUGAAUGUUUUACAAAUGAUGUUUAAUAGGAAUUAAGCGUGUCUUAAAGAACUCUGUGUUUA